CAUCCGUUUUAAGGUCUUCUCGGAGGACAUGAACAAUGCUUCCAGGUACUGCACCGCUGCGGGAGAGUCCCGCCCGAACAUGGAAGGGGGAACCCGCGUGUGCCGGCGGAAGGAUGUUCUUACGGCCGAAAAAAAGUCCAUGAUCUUGAAUCAGGUGCUUCCCCGAGCCAUCAAGCUGCACAUGGAUCGUCUCCACAUUCAGCCGUUCACGGGCCCAGUGGUUCUUCCGAAUUUUUCGGCUGGAACAUUAUGCGGUGAGUUUGAAAUACCCAGCUCCCACCACACGACGGGUGUGUCCGGCGCGGACAUGGUUUUGUACGUUGCUGCUGCGCCGACUAGAUAUUAUACUCAUGCGUGGGCAGUGGCAUGCUUUGCAUUGCCUGAUGGGCGUCCUGUGGCCGGGGUGAUAAAUUUUGGCCCGCAUGCAGUCACCGAUUCGGAGUUCAGUGUUCGUAUUGCGGCACAUGGGAUUGCGCACGCGCUCGGGUUUGAGUAUUUUUAUUUUUUUCUCAGGAAUAUGACACAGACGAUACCUGAGGUUCGUGGAAAGAAGAAUGUGGUUGUUGUGUCUUCACCCAAGACGCUGGAAAAGACUCGUGCGCACUUCAACUGCACAAGUGCCCCUGGAAUGGAGCUGGAGGAUGAGGGUCAGGGUACAACGGCAUCAUCGCAUUGGAAGAGACGCAACGCAAAAGACGAGCUGAUGGCUGGCGGCGCCGGUGCCGGCUACUACACGGCGCUGACGUUGGCUGUUUUUGAGGACAUGGGCUUUUACAGGGCGCAGUGGGACAUGGCGGAACAGAUGCCAUGGGGCAGCAACUCCGGCUGCGAACUGCUGACGGAGAAGUGCUUGACCAAUGGCGUCACCCAGUACCCGGAAAUGUUUUGCCACGCCGCAAGCAAAGUUUUGCUAUGCACAUCGGAUCGUUUUGCAGUGGGAGACUGCGAUAUUGUCAGCCACCUAAAACCCCUCCCCGUGCACUUUCAGUACUUUGCGGAUCCCAGACGCGGCGGGUUCCUUGACGACAAAAUGGACUACUGCCCUCUCAUUGGGGAAAGCCAAGCCACGGGGUGCAUCGAUGGUAGGGCAGACAUUAUGCCUGGAAGCCGCAUUGGCCCAAGCUCAAGGUGCUUAAAAGGGGUUGGGCUGCGUGAUUCUAUUGGUCUCACUGGGGACGUCUGCGCUGAGGUGUCGUGCGACAACGACACCGUGAGUGUGCGGUACCUUGGUGAUGAAACCUGGCAUGCGUGCCCAGAGGGCAGCACUAUCACACCAACUGGGCCGGUGUUCGUGAGCGGGAAGAUUGUUUGCCCGAGGCGCAUCGAAGUGUGCUUAUGUCCACUAGAAACGCAGUGCUGGCGCUGA